GUUGAGCGCCAUCUACACUAGUGCGAGGUGUGGCCUGACGUCAUGAGGCUAAUACAGUGGCGUCACACCAAUUGUCGAUAUUCUCCGAGUACUUUGACCGAAUUUUCAUGAGCCGAAGGAAGUAUGUCAAAGGUUGCAACUUAGCAGUGCAGGUAGGUCAGUAGAGCUGUCAGUGCGGCCCAAGGAGAAAAGAAGUGGGUGGAAUCGACCCGCCCAGGUGGUACUCACGCCGCCUGCGCGAACCCGGCAGUCACAGCAGCAGAACCAGCAGCGGCAGCAGCGGCAGCUGUGCCCGAACCUUAGUGUGCCAGGCCCCGGGACCCACGCCCAGCUUUCAGUUGGGAAGUGAAGGCAGUCCUUAGCAGUGCUUGCUAUACUUUCUAAAUUAAGAAAAGGCAAAGUCUUGUGUGUACUGUAUGCGUACUGUCCCCAAUGGGCUGUCAGGCCUGUUGGACCUACUUUACUGUACUCUUGUUCAACAUUAGUGGUGAUGCUGUCAACAACAUGAGGACUUAAUAAAAUAUAUCAUGUGAAAAAAAAUUAGAACCAUAAAAAUUAAAAAAAAAUUCAACCCAUUUAAUUACUUAAGGAAGCUUAUCCAAAACAAAAUUUGUAAACCAUUGUUAAAAUGGUCAUUCAAGACUUACAACGAUUCUUAGAGUCACAAGUGCCAGGCGCGUGUGUCCCUGUGGAUCUCCUGAAGAUUGCCAAGAGUGUUGGGAUUCGACGUGGUAAUCAACGCAAUGUUCCGAGAGGUGGAUACGGGGGCCCCACUCCACUCACACUUGUGGUGGACGGGGAAUAUUGUUUAGACAGACUGUAUGGAGGCUUUUACUCAGAUUGGGUGUGUGGUGGCCAGUGGAAUCGCAUGGUGCAGUUUUUGGCAGUGCUGAUGCAAACAGUUCAAAACAACAACAUAGAACUUGCUGUAUUCUUCAAUGGUGCUCUGGAACAGCAGCGUCUAAAUGAAUGGUCGCGACAAGAGUGCUCCCUGAGAAAAAAUAUCAACUUGGUGCUAAAACAUGUAACUGUGAAAGGAACACCACCACCAAAAGUAUGGUGGGUGGCACCUGUUGGUCUUCGUACCUGCCUCCGCAUGGCUCUGCGGCAUCUCAACAUCCAAGUGCUGUGCACAAUGGAUGACCACCACCAGGAGGUUAUUGCCUUCUGUCGGGAGAACAACUAUCACGGGGUCAUGGCAGAAGAUGCAGAAUACAUCAUUUUUGAUCCCCCUCGUUACUUCUCGUCACACCAGCUCAAACUUACGUACAAGGGUUCCCUCGAGACCAAAGAAUUUAUUUUAGAUGAGGUGGCCAAGGGUCUGGGUCUCCAGCGCAACUACUUCUGCUUGUUGGCAGCUCUACUGGGAAACUAUCUACUGACAGAGACAGAUCUUUGGGACUUUUACACAUCACUAAUCCCAGGCUAUGACAAACAACAGACACCUCAAGAAGAUGUUAUACAAGCAGUUGUCAAGUUUAUUGUGAAUCGGUGUGAUGUUAAUAACUUGUUAACUAUUGGAGCCCAAGUAUUUGGGUCUGUUAGCGAUCCCAGAGUUGCAAAAUUCAAAGAGUCUGUCCAGUACUUCCUCAAUGGCACAAAAGAUGGAUUCCUUCGCUACAAACCAUUCCCUUCAGGGAGAAGAGAUGGGGGUCCAAGGCAUCCACACCAGCACUCAAUCCACAGGCCAGAGAUACACGAGCCAAAGCACUCAGAAGGCCUAGGCAGACCUGACCUCACACUAAAGGGUGAAGGGUUGUUGGGCCUGCCAGCCCUAGGCCUGGCGGUUGUCCCCGAGAGAGAAAACGGGGACAGCGGAACUGGGAGUAGCAGCAAUAGAAGCUGCAACAUGAACCUGGUGGCACCUCCUCAAAUAGUGAUUGAGGUGACAGGUCCCGGGAGCCCCCAGAGUAGCAGUCGAGGGGGCAGUGGGAGUGGCUCUCUUUCCCCCGACGCCGCUCAGUUGGAACAAGUACUCGAAUCUCGUCUAGGAGGCUUCACCAUAGUAGUAACUGGGGAAGAUGAUGAACCACAGCAGCUGCAAGAAGACGUUGAUAGUGAGGAGAAGGACGAAGAAGAAAAUAGAAAAGUAGGGGAAGGACACUUGACCGUGAUUACCGUAGGAGCAAAGGAAGAAGAGGAGGAAGAAGGACGAAAAGGAGACCUGACCGUGCAGCCAACAGACCUGGAUGACCAUGACCACGACUCAGGUAUAUUAUGUGGUGGGUGUCUGGGAUCAACUGCAUCUGGUUCUCCUGGUGCGUCUCUCUUGUUGUCGUCAUCCUCCUCGUCCAGUAACAGUUCUGCUGCGUCGCCGUACCGCCUCACACCCGAUGUGUCGUGGGCAGCUCAGGUUUAUCGCUCCAACCACACCUCUAAAAAUCCAGUGUUACCCAAGCGGUUGGUCUUCCCACCCAUGCACCAACCAUGUGAGGAUGCGGCUAAACAUGAUGCAGUCUUUCAUAAUGCUGGGAACCCUUGUCCCCAGGCCCUGAGCAGAAAGCAGUCCAGUAGUCCAGUUGAUGGGGGUCAGGAACCAGGCCCUCAGAUUGACCCCAACCCUCUCCCUCUACCUCCAGUGCCCCAUGAGGUCAUGCGUACAGCCUCGGAGCGCCACCAGAAGGGUCUAAUGUGUCCCUGGAUAUAUCAAGUUUUAACACAGGGUGAAGUGAAGUUUGGUGUGUGUAUGGAGGAUGAGAGUACUGAUGAUCUGCCAAAUGCUGUGCUUUUCUACCGUUCAGUCCGCCAGUGUGUAUACGCCAUCCUCUAUAACCUACACCAUCACAGUUUCAUGUCUCGUAAGGCAAAGGAGGAAGGCCACAAGGGUUUGGCCACAGAGGUACCUGAAGUAAAGAUCCGUGAAUGGGUUUACACCAAAAAUAAUCCGUAUCGUACAGCGGAUAUAGUAGAUGCCACUCCCAUUGAUUGGGCUGUGCCUACCGUCCAGAGGUUGUGGUUCGGGAACACGUAUGUACAGUACAGUGAUGUGAACAAGAUAGACUUGGGCUGGAAAUCUCCUAUGGUUGUCAUGGAAACCAGCAGAUACUAUAAACCAUGGUCUGUUAUAGAUGACAAAAAGCGUCGACUACGAGCAUUCCUGAGCUGCAUGAGGUCCGACUCUCCACUCAUGCUCUACACAUCUAAUGUUCCACAGCAUCUGCUUAUAAUGGCAACAGUUCUUAGGUAUAUUAUGAGCAAUCCUGAUGGUCCAGUACUGAGAAGACAAGAGUUAGAUGCUUUUUUGGUGACAGCCUUCUCUCCUGAUCUCACAAAUGCCCAUUACUUGCAGGACUUACAGCUUCAUGUGGUGACAGCACGUGGCUGUCAGCUUGCGGCACUCUUCAUGAUGGGAGUGGAAACGGCACUCUUUGCCAACGAUGCAUGUGGUGCUCCUGUCCCGUGGCUCAUGUGUUGUCCGUGGUUGUUCUUUGAUGGCAAGCUCUUCCACGAGAAGCUGGUCAGAGCCCACUAUGCAAGAACUCUGCGUGAGGUGUGUGAGGGAGAUAUGGACCUGGUGGUCAAAGUUGAGAGCUGUAGACGGGCGGUGCUGGAGAAUAUCAAGGUAGAGUAUGCCCGUCCAUCCCUGUUCAUACCUCCGGUUGGGUGUCACAAAGUGAGACCCCCUCCUCCCCAUCCUGGUCUUUCCCACAAUGCGGGCCGGGGUAGAGGUCGAGGGGCCCCAGACAGGACCAACGCUCACCCAGGUGGUGGCGUGGGAAGGAUGUUUUCUCGUGGUGGUCAAUUGCAGGUGGCUGGAGUGGUGGUAGGCUCCUGGGGACCAAAUUACGGAUCAAAUGGCAAUGACAGCAGACCCCCCCGAGGAUUCAGACCGCCGCAAUAUAGCAGUAAUGGCAGGGAUAUGGGAGGAAAUAUGCAAGGCAGAGGUGAACCGAGCAGACUGUCACGUGCCACUCGAGGUCGACCUACAGUUCUGGCCAAGCGACGAACUAUAAAGAAGCGUGAAGUGAGGUUGAACAAGGGACGUGGAGUGGCAGUGGAGAGCCCAGGCAACAGUCACCCACCAGGGAUGAGGGAGGUGCUAGUGAUGCCAGGCAGUGGAUACAACAAUCACACACCAGUUGGAGAGGAAGGGGAAGGGGUCACCUCCUAUUCUGCUCACCCCCCUCAGACCCAUUCCUCCAGUGGUAUCAAGAGUCCAGACUCUGGUGUUAACGUAUCCAUCCUGGAAUAAGGCACAGUUUGGUGUGCACAAGAGAGGUGGCUAUUUAAACCUCUGGGGCUAUAGUCUGAGCAGCUAGCACCCUUACUUUACAUCUAGCUUAGAAUUGAUUCAAAUACUGAUACCUGAUAGGAUUAGUACAGCACUAGCAAUGUAAAGUGAUAAACAGGCACAAUUUCUAAAAAGAAUUUAGCAAAGAGUACAACACAACAAGGGCCUUUCUCCCAAGGCACAUGCCCCUGAACCCUAAAUUGUCACCUCUCUCGUAGGCAACCAGCUCCAGGUAACUGCCACUGCCAUUACCCACAUUGCUGCUACAAACACCAUCUCGGCUGCCCCCAUGUCUGCUGAUGUUACUACCAUGACCACCAUUUCUGCUGUAACUUGUGACGUACAUGAGCUGAUGAUACUGUCAUGGAGGUGCAAGGAAAAGUGACUCAACAAUAAAGGAUAUGUAAGGAAUGAUGCAUUUACACUAUACAUAUUUAUUUUAGCAUACAUUCGAAUAUAAUUUUUGUACUUUAUAAAUGUUUAUUUACAUUUGUAAAAUCAAACCGCUAUCAUGAAUUAGCCAGUAAAUGAUAAUUCAACUAGCGAUGUGAUUAGUCCACUUUAAAUCAUAAUUUUUAUGUGAUAAUUCAAGGAAUUAAAAAUUCAUAGUUUUUCAUAAUAAAAGUGAAUGUAGAGUCUUCCACGUGUUAUCUCUUUUUUUUUCUUUUUUUGAAGUAUACUCUACCUAUACAUAUUUCAUUAAAUGCCGAAUAAACUGCUUCCUUGACAGUAAUGUCAAGUUAGCUCAAUUAUUAACCUUUAUUGUGACAUGCAACACCUCUACAGACAAGAGCGUAGCUAUGAUUCCCGGUAUGAGACAAAGAAAUAUGCCUGUUAGAUUUGUCUGAUGUUAGAGAAGCUCUAUUAUGAUGUAACUGGUGAUUAUGAACCUUGUGUGGCACAUCAGUUAGGCUCCAAUGUUUGUCAAUAAGAUAUAAUUAGCCAUUGUUGAUGUACUAUUGAGAGGUCAUAAUCCCUGAUCUCAUCCUCAAUGUACUCCUAGAAAGUACAAGGUGGGCAGCUGUGGAGAGACUGAUGCCAUGAACAGUUGCCAGCUACCCUCGCCACUGAUGUUAGACAUGAAGUAUAUAUGAAGAAGAAUUUUUAUUUUUAUAUGACUGUUAUAUUGUUAAAAUGGUGAUGGAGACACUUAAAGAAAGAGAUUUGUUGGUGCAGUAUUUAGCAAGUUUGUGGUUGAAGUUUAAGGCAAAGUGACACUACAACUACCACAGACAGCUUGGCUUAGAAAGAAUGAUUUGGAAUCCUGAACAGAGCUUCAUUUUUGUAAAAUGGUUAAAUCCCCCCCCCCACCCCCCAACAAAUAUGCAAUUCAGGGUUUUUGCUGGGUUACUUAGCCCUAAUAGGAAUGAUAGUUACGGAGACUGUACCCAAACUGAGGUUAAAUUAAAAUUUUCAUAGUAGGGUGUGGUUAUAACUUACAAUAACUGAGGAAAAUGAAUAAUUUCCAUACAGUGACUUUAAACCAAGUUCAUUUGGCCAUGUUUUUAAAAGGAAGCAUAUGGCUGUACCAGUUUAUAGGAUGGAGGAAAUCCUAAUUGGUAUUAUAUUUGUUGUUGUACUUGGUACUUUGGACAUGUUAUUGUUCCAUUCUUGUAGAUGUUGAAGGAUAACUGUCUUAGUAACUUAACCAAUACCAGGAUAUUCCAGGACCUAGUCGGGGUGACACUACUUGACUGUCUAGGACAUCAGGUUUUUAUUUUUCUGCCAUUUUUGUCAAUACAAACCUUCCUUGAAUUUAGCAUUGGUAACUUCUCAUUAGAAGCUGAUGUCUUGGAUCAUCAGUGCUCUAGUUAAUUUGCCCUUGGAUAUUUUAAAUUAAAUUUGAUCAAUUCCUUGGUAAUAGUAAAUAUUAAGGUAAUUAUAGUUCAGUUAUCCAAAAGAGGGUCACCUGGCUUGUGUUUAACCAGGUUCUGGAUCAAGAAUAUAACCUGGUAGUAAAUAAUAGAGGUAUCAAUGUUCUCUUCUGAAUUUGCAUUUAAGCUAAACCUCUGAUAAUGCAAUUUACUGUCAUUUAAAUGGAUACUGAUGCCUGUGCUCUAUUUUUUUUAUUUUUUAUUAUCUCCUGUAUCUUGUUUCCUUUUUCAAUUAUAAAUUCAAUGUGCCAUGGCUUUUGUAUAAAAAGACAUUAUACACUUUUGCUGAAUUCUUUGUUUACUCUUGAAAGAUUUGGAGUACUCUGUGGCCUGUGCUAAAUGAUGCUCUAGCACUGUGGUGCAUCUUUAAAUGACUUGCGGGUGAAUAUGUUGCCCAUUGGCAUAUAUUAGUGAGGAUAUUUGCUUUUGAUAGCACACAAAAAGUUUUGUGGAUGUUGAUUGGAUUUCAAGUGGAGAAACUGGCAUUUUUGUGCCAUGUACAGUUGCUAGAUAGCACCUGAACUGUUAAUUUAUGGAGAUGCAAAAAUGUUUAAACUUCUUGUGAACAAAGAAUUAGAUAAUUCUAUUUAUGAGAAAAGAAUUAGGUCUUGUAGGUUCUCUGGCUAAUGUAUUGUAAAUUAUGAUGACUGUAAAACUUUUCUGAUUGCUAAUGUAAUAUUCAAUGAAGGAAUUUCAUUUAAAGGAAAAUAUAUUCACUAAUUUACUUAGAACAUAUCUUCCCAUUCUGUAAUGGGAACAAAAACUUUUUGUUAUAUUAUCUUCUUGCAACAUGUCUGUUUCAGUGAGGGGCCCAUGUUUGUGUAUUAACUUAGUGUCAUGUCCAGCUAAUGGAACUCACAGUCCUGUCAUGCACUUCACCAUUUGCUGCUUCUUUACAAUACAGCCCCACAAGCCAAUAAUUGGAGUGAGGUCAUAUUAACUGAGUCAUAUUUUUAGUAAAGUGUCAAGAGUUUAGCUCAAAAUCCUUGUUGGUGGAAGGUUGUGUUCACCCCAUGAAGAAGCUGCAAGAUGAAGGGUUGGCAGAUGUGGCAGAGCUUUUUAACUCGGUUGGAUAGCAAGACUCACCAGUGCUUGACUGCAGUGCUUAGCAGUGCAGCAACAUAUUUUAAGAUGAUUAUAUUUUAUAAAAAUAAAAUUUUAUAAAAGUGAGGUAGGGUGAGAGUAGGUGCGAGGGGUAAACAUUAUCUUCCCCAACAGAAGGAUUUAUCUUCAGUCCUGGAUUAUCAUAGCCAGACUGCUUAAGUGUAUAUUGUAUACAUGCACUUGAAAAUUAAAUAGCCACUUACAUCAUAGCAUUAGGAAAUAAUAAUAAAUAUUAAUAGUAGGUCUAGUAAAGGCAAGAUUUUGCCUCAUGUCUCAAAUAGAUUAUAUGUACAUUAUCUACUCAAUGUUUAAAUGCUCAGCUAUUAUGAGCCUUGACAAAGAAAAGGGUAAAUUAUUACUGUGUAUGCUAAGGCAAGUAAAUUUAUGGUUAUAAUCUAUUCUUGGAAUUGUUCAACUUGAAACUGAAAAGUUGGCAAGUUGUAAAUUGUUGUAUCCUUCUUGUUUGCUUGUAGUCCAAGGCCUCCAUUUUUAAGUAUUUUGUUGGGUAAUUUAGUCUUUGAAUGCUCCUCACCUGAGUGCUGAUCAGCAUGUAUUUCUGUGGGUAUAAUAAUUGCUGGAGGUUUUUGCUGAUGGUCAACAUUCAUGAGCCAGAGUGUAUUCAUGAACCCUCCAAGACACUUAGGAAUUUUGACCAUAAGUGCUUUUAAGUACAUUAGACUCCUGAUUUGUAAGUGCUCUGAUGAAUGAUGUGCUGCUAUCUUCCCUGGGCAGUUCACGUAACAUUUUUCUUGCAGUUAUUGAAUGGGCCCCUCCUUGAUGUUAUGCUUAAAAACAAACAUUUAUUGGUGAGGUUUUGUGAGAGAAGAACAGGAGGUGUUUAACAAAUACUGAUUUAUACAUACUUGAUAAAUACUGAAUAUAUAUAUGGUUAGGAGAGAGUAAACAGCAGAGGCUUUAGUGUUCAGAUAGAUAUUUUACAAGGAUAGAUGUGUUGUCAGAUAAAAAUCCUGAAUUGUAUUGGGUUUAAAGUACAUUCAAGUGAACUUAUUAGUGGUCAAUACUAUGUUUUGAUAAACGAAACAUAUCCUAGCUGUAAGGGUGAUACAGUACAGAGAUAACCCGUAUAGUAAACAUUAGUGAGUGAAAUAAUCUUGGCCAUAACAUUUAAGCAAAAAAUUUAAUUUAUUUUGCUAGGAAAUCUUUUUUUUUGAUGACAUGUUCAGUUUACCCCAAAAUUAGAAUAUAUCAUUUCCUGUUCUACUUCCACAAACACUUAUCUUGAAACUGAUUGUUGAUCUUGAAACUGAUUGUUGUAUCAAUAUUGAAAUGUUAAUUAACCCAAGCAAGUUUGAAUAUAUGUAAUAAUUUGAGCAACAAAAUUUAAGAAAGUUACAAUACUAACCUUCAAAAGGCACAACAAACUUGUUGGGAGAUGUUAUGUUGUGUGAUUUCAUGUCAUAUGUAGCCUACAUCCCAAACUCUGAAUUGAUUUUGUGAGUCUUGUAUUCUUAAUUUAGAUUUUGAAGAAAAAAGGACACAGUGAUAUUGUCUUUAUUUUUUUUCCGAAAUAUUUUUUGUGUGAGAUAUACUUCACUAGACAAAUCCUAUAAUUUUUGGUUUAAUGUGACAGUUGAUUUGUUAACAUAGUGAACAAAUAUAUUCAAAGCUUUAAGUUAUUUUUACAUUAACACGAGAAAAAUUAUUUUAUUUAAUUGUUUACAUGAGCUCACAAAGACAGUUUAGGGAUUGGCCCUAUAUCAAUACCCAAAUUAGAUAUUUUGUGUGAUGAUUAGCGUGCAGCAUCAUUUUUGAAAACCUAGUUCUGGAGUGGUUGGAGCAGUUUACUGUCAAGUCUCUAUGACCGGCUGUAAAAAUUUGGAGCAUUGAUGUCGUAUGGCUUUCUUCCUGCAAAACAGCAUAAAAAAUGGAACACAGUGGAAUAUACUGGCUUGGAAGAUAAGUCUGGGGAGUUGAAGUCAGAACUGAUAAGAAAUUCACUAAGUAACAAAGUAUUGGAAGGUGAUUGGGAUAAAGGAAACACUAGUCCAGAAUUUUCAAUCAUUUGAUGGUCAGUGGUAUUACUGUCACCUUGAAAAAAUAUUUGAGAUCAGUUGUCCAUGGGUAUGAUUUAUGGAAUACCAAAGGGGUUUUUGGCAGUUGCAAUUUUUAAUUUUUUUUUACAUUAAUCUAUUCUCAAAAUGUAAUGUGAUAAGAAUAUAUACAUUUCAUUUCCCAUUUCCAUGUUUACAUAUACAGGAACAUGAUUUUUUUUUUCUAAAGGAUAUUAAAUUUUGUUUAUUUUUUCCAAAGAAUAUAAUUUUUUUCCAAAGAA